AUGUUCGAAAGCUGGAUUCACCAAUUAAUUAUUCUUUCUCCCAUUCUUUUCCUCAAUCUCACCUCUCUCUUCCUUACCCUCUCUUCCUUUCAGUCACGCUUCUAUCUAUUCUUCAACUCAAUAACCUUUCCUUUUUUUUUUCUUUUCCUCCAUUUAGAUUCGAUUCGACAUUCUUUUUCCUUUGUUUCUUUCUUUUCCCCAAUAUCACCGCAAUUUCUUUUUCAAUUAAUCAUUGUUUUUUUCUUUCUUUCUUUCUUUCUUUCUUUCUUUCUUUCUUUCUUUCUUUCUUUCUUUCUUUCUUUCUUUCUUCCUUUCUUUUCCCAUCUUACUUUCAAGUUUCCUCCUAUUUCUUUGUCAAUUCAUUAUUACCUUUCUUUUUUUCUUCCUUUCUUACUUUCACUCUCACCACUCUUUGUUUUCCAACUCACCAAACUUUCUUUAUUUUCUUCUUACUUUAUUUUCCUCCUCUUAGAUUCAGCAUUCAUUUUUUCUUUCUUUUUUCCUCUAUUACUUUUAAUCUUGCCUCUAUUUCUCUUCAAAUUCCUUAUGUUCUUUAAUACAUUUUAUCUCUUACAUUCAGUCACGCCUCUUGUUUUUUUUUUUUCAAAAACUUUCUUUCUUUCCCUUCUUUUAUAG